AUGGCUCGUGGAGGAGUCUUCCCAAGCUCACAGACUAAGUGGACUAUUCCACGUAAGGAGCUGGUCGCUGUACACCACGCCCUCACUUGGAUACGUUCUACAUCAACCUACUUACCCAUCAAGACUUGUCUACGUCCUCACCAGUCACCUCUAGAACCCUUGGUACCUAAUCUACCAGCUCGACAAGUCGUUCUCCUAUGUGACAGUGAGAUCACGGUGUAUCGGUUACGACGCCCCAGUAGGGACAAGAAGCUACCUGUCGUUGAACGACGAAGACUGAAGGAGAUUAGAGAGAUGUGCCGGCAGUUAGACGUUAUCGUCAAGCACAUACCCUCUGAGUUGAACUAUGCCGACUCGAUAUCACGAGCUAAGAUCAACGACAAGGUUAUUGACGGUACCCACGUCUGCAAGGCGAUGUCUGUCAGCGAA